AUGUCAGCUAGGGAGGGCGAUGAUGGCGACUUGGCCAAUAACUGUGAUGGCUAUGAUGGCUAUGAUGGCUACAAUGCCCGCGUCGAAGGCUUCCGGGACAAGGAGUACCCGAUGCUAAAUGGCUCAAUCUACCUCGACCAUGCCGGUACUACGCUCUACGCCAAAUCUCUGAUGGACCGCUUCGCCCAGGAGAUGACUUCGAACUUAUUCGGGAAUCCGCACUCGGCCUCGGCGUCAUCACAGCGGUCCACUGCGCGAAUGGAGGACAUCCGACUACGUGUGUUGCGGUUCUUCAAUGCCGAUCCCGCCGACUUCGACCUCGUGUUUGUGGCCAACGCAACGGCCGGGAUUAAGUUGGUGGUGGACUCCCUGAGGUCGGCACCGGAUGGAUUCGACUACGUCUACCACCAAGCCAGCCACACGUCCCUGGUUGGAGCUCGGGAAGAGGCUCGAAAUAGCCUCUGUGCCGAGGACCAGCAGGUUGAGGAAUGGGCGCAGGAAGGUGGGAAGGCCCCGUCACUCGGGAACGACGAUGAUGGGGGAGACCGCCCGCUCUUGUUUGCGUACCCAGCGCAGUCGAACAUGGAUGGAAAACGAUAUCCGUUGACAUGGGCCAACGACGUUCGCGGACGGAGAGGGCGAACGGGGAAGACGUACACGCUGCUGGACGCGGCCGCGUUGGCUUGCUCCUCGCCUCUCGACUUUGGCGAUGUCGAUGCGGCUCCGGAUUUCGCCGUCCUCAGCUUCUACAAGAUUUUCGGGUUUCCGGAUCUUGGUGCGUUGAUCGUAAGGCGGGAAGCUGAAGAGGCGUUCCAGUACAGACGGUACUUUGGGGGCGGUACGGUAGAUAUGGUGGUGUGCUUAAAAGAGCAGUGGCACGCACCCAAGGCCCAGUCCUUACACGAGCGCCUGGAAGACGGCACGUUACCCAUACAUAGCAUCAUUGCUUUAGACGCCGCACUGGACGUCCACAAGCGGUUGUUUGGGUCGAUGCGAGACGUUGCAGCCCACACAUCCUUUUUGUCGAAACGACUCCGUCGUGGGCUUGAAUCGUUGAGGCAUGGGAACGAUGAGCCGGUUUGCGUGGUGUACUCCCCGGAUGCGAGGUUAGCGGCCCACAAACUCGGUAGCGGCCCUGUGGUUGCCUUCAACAUACGCAACAGCCAGGGGGCUUGGAUAAGUCUUGCCGAAGUGGAAAAGCUGGCUUUGCUAAAGAAGUUUCAUAUCCGAACCGGUGGUGUUUGUAACCCAGGCGGCAUUGCCUCGACGCUUGGGCUUCAACCGUGGGAAAUGAGGCAAAACUUCAGCGCUGGUUUCCGGUGUGGGACGGACAACGACAUUCUGGCUGGGAAGCCUACUGGUGUCAUCCGAGCCAGUCUCGGUGCGAUGAGCACCAUCUCUGACGUGGACAACUUUGUAGCUUUUGUUGUCGAGUUCUACCGUGAUGGCUCGCUGCCCACUUCGACCACGAACAGCCAGGAGCUCACGCCGCCGCCUCAACCACAUGGCGCAGCGCCACGGCUCCGUGUCCACAGCAUCUCUAUCUACCCUAUCAAGAGCUGCGGCAGAUUUAACGUCCCCGCGGGCGUCGACUGGGAGGUGCGGCCCGAAGGUUUAGCAUGGGAUAGGGAAUGGUGUUUGGUACACCAGGGUACCGGCCAAGCAUUGAGCCAAAAACGCUAUCCUCGGAUGGCUCUCCUGCGCCCUUCUCUUGACUUUGAGCAUGGCCAGCUGCGGGUCAGCUAUGUUGGGGCGUCGGAGUCGGAGCCCCAGCUCACUCGGGAAAUCAGCAUACCGCUAUCGAAGAAUCCUUUGUUCUUCCGUCCCUCGUCCGGCCCUGCGAGGCACUCCCGGGUGUGCGGGGAGGAAAUCCAAGCUCAGACGUACUCGGCAGACAACAUCACAAGCUUUUUCUCCGACAUAAUCGGGGUGCCGUGUUUUCUCGCUCGGUUCCCCGCAGGUGGACAGGGGAAAAGCAUGCGGCACGCGAAAGCACACCUCCAAAAACACCAGAUCUCACCCUCGAAAACCGACGCACCCAUGUUGCCAGGCGCUUUCCCGCCUUCCCCGCCCGACACAGACACAGAAAAGGCGGGAUCGCGCCGCAUCCUUCUGUCCAACGAAAGCCCAAUUCUCGCCAUCACUUUACCCAGUGUGGAAGCCCUCAACCAGCAAAUACGCCUAUCCAGACCGGGUAACAAAGACGUCAAGGACGUCUCGCCCGACGUCUUCCGGGCUAACAUUGCCCUUGCCCCUUCCACACCCGACGUUUACCUAGCGCCGUAUUCAGAAGAUUCUUGGUUUCGCCUUCGAAUCGGCCCAUAUCAUCAUCAGCAGCAGCAGCAGCAGCAGCAGCAGCAGCAUGUCUUCGACCUUCUAGGCGCAUGUAGGCGAUGUCACAUGGUAUGCAUCGACCAAGAGACGGCGCACAAGAGCGAGGAGCCUUUUGUGACGCUGUCCAAGACGAGGCGGUUUGAUGGGAAGGUAUUCUUUGGCGUGCACAUGUGCUAUAAUUCAACACCGGGAGGGGACGGGGCCAGUAUGACGAGGGAAACGCAGUUCCCGACUAUAAGAGUGGGGGAUGCGGUUGUACCGGAGAGUCGGUAG